GCCAGGCGCAGGGCGCUCCGGCUUCGCUCUGGCCACCUUCAUCCGGGUCCUUGCUGCGUCUUAAGGACCCGGGGGAACAUGGCGGCGCCCUGGUGGCGGGUCGCGUUGUCGGGGAGUCGAAGCUGGCGGGGCUUCACCACCUCGGCCGCCCGCAGCCGCCGGACUCCCCCUCUCGGGCCCAUGCCCAACCAGGACAUCGACGUGAGCAACCUGGAUCGGCUGGAGAAGUACCGGAGCUUCGAGCGCUACCGGCGCCGGGCGGAGCAGGAGGCACUGGCCCCGCACUGGUGGCGAACCUACAGGGAACACUUCGUGGAGGAGACAGAUCCCAAAGACAAAAUUGACAUUGGGCUGCCUCCACCCAAGGUCCACCGGACCCAGCAGCUACGUGAACGGAAAAACUUCCUCCAGGAGCUUCGAGCCAGUGUGGAAGAGGAACGGGCAGCCCGCCUCUGCACAGCCAGCAUCCCGCUGGAGGCUGUGCAGGCCGAGUGGGAGAGGACCUGUGGCCCCUACCACAAGCAGCGUCUGGCUGAGUAUUAUGGCCUUUACCGAGACCUGUUCCAUGAUGCCACUUUUGUGCCCUGGGUCCCCCUGCAUGUGGCUUAUGCUUCGGGUGAGGAAGACUUGGUACCUGUGUAUUAUGGCAAUGAAGUGACUCCAACUGAGGCUGCCCAGGCCCCAGAGGUGACCUAUGAAGCAGACAAGGACUCCCUAUGGACACUACUACUCACCAACUUGGAUGGACACCUGCUGGAGCCAGAUGCCGAGUAUGUUCACUGGCUGUUAACCAACAUCCCAGGCAACAGAGUGGCUGAAGGACAGGAGACAUGUCCCUACCUCGCCCCAUUCCCCGCCCAAGGCUCUGGCUUCCACCGCUUUGCCUUCUUACUCUUCAAGCAGGACAAGCCAGUUGACUUCUCCGAGGAUACCCGCCCCUCACCCUGCUACCAGCUGGCCCAGCGGACUUUCCGCACUUUUGCUUUCUACAAGAAACACCAGGAAGCCAUGACUCCAGCUGGCCUGGCCUUCUUCCAAUGCCGCUGGGAUGAUUCGGUCACCCACACCUUCCAUCACCUUCUGGAUAUGCGGGAGCCUGUGUUUGAGUUUGUGCGGCCGCCCCCUUACCACCCCAAACAGAAGCGCUUCCCUCACCGACAGCCCCUGCGCUACCUGGACCGGUAUAGGGACAGUCAUGAGCCCACCUAUGGCAUCUACUGAGGGGCAUAGUGCACCCACCUCAAUACGAGAGCUGGGCCAGCAGGAACAGGAGGGCCAGGUGCUUGAAGCUCUGUCUGAGGCAGCGUCCUUCAGGGCCCUUCACAUCAGGCCCAGGGACUUGCAGUGAAGGUGUGAAUAAAGAGGAUUUUUCCUAUUGCU